GCUGCCGGAAACACGUAACGUUGCUGCGCUCCGCCCCGCGUCGCGUCACACGCCACGCCGCAGUGAGAUGAGCCACGCGCGCUCCUAGGCCAGCCACGCCCGCAGCUGCGCUACACGCCACAGCCAGCAACAGCUGUUGCAGCAUGGUGCUGGUGCUGAGCGGGGUGCUGCAGGACGAGCCACCGCCAGAUACGCGGUCACUGCUGCAGGCACACCCCAUCUACAAGGACUCGGCCCAGCAGUUCGUCGCCAUCCCCAACAAGGUUGUGGGCCCCGCCGGACUGCUCUACGUGCGCCAGCGCGAGCUCGCCGUCACGGUACCACACGACAAAAAUGUGACUAUCUUGGGGUCUGAUGAUGCUACAACAUGCAUCAUUGUUGUGCUGAGACAUUCAGGUUCAGGUGCUGUGGCCCUAGCUCAUCUGGAUGGAGCAGGAACAGAGGAAUGUGCUGCCACUAUGGUGCAGCGAGUCCAGGAAGUCGGCAUGGGCUUUGCAGAGGGCAGGCUCGAACUGCAGCUCGUUGGUGGAUUCUCUGACAGCCGACACUACUCUGAAGACUUAUUUUACAAUAUCAUGCAUGCAUUUCACCGGCAGCCAGUGGAGAUAGACCUGACACUGGCAUGUGUGGGGGAACUUAAUACAACCAUCAGAAGUGGCAUACACUGGCCUAUAGUGUAUGGUGUUGGUGUUAUCACAAAGACUGGUGAACUGUUCCCAGCAACUUUUCCAGACAAGGGCCCUGACCUAGCUCUGCGGAUUGCCAGGCAUCUGAGGGGUGGCCAGCAGGUGCUGGAUAUUUAUGACUCCAAUCUGGGUCUGUUAAGAAUUGGACCAUUCAAUUAUGACCCUCUGCGUGGAGUUGACUUGUGGCUCGAACAACCAGAUGAACUUAUACUGCAACAUUUAAGCACAUCACCUGAAGUAGAGCCACCACACUUUGUAAUGCAGAUACGUGCAACACUGAAGUACAUCCAAGAGCAUCCCUUCCCAGCAAUCACGGUGUUCAGGGACAAUAGGCCACGGUACUACCGACGGGACGAGAACACGGGACAGUGGGUGCCGAUACGCUACUGAUUGCUGGCAAAAGUCAGCAAUGGUGCCCAUUUCUGAAACUCACCUCAAAUGGUGGGACAGCAAGUAAAGUGAAUCACUUGUGCUUCUGACACAGUUGUAAUCUUAAUUCUAUGUCAUUAGUUUUCACUACCUUGUAAUCCUUUUCCUUUUUAUUACAAUGCUUUUUUUUAUUUUUGAGAGAUAUUUUGUGACUGUUUAUACUACUGCUGUAUAUAUUACAUAUCACUGUUAUACUUCACUGUAGUAUAGUGUCACUGUAUGAAAGCAAGGAUAGGCAUUAUUGUGAAAAGCUUUUUCAGAAUAAUUAUUGGAACAAAUGUCUGCAUGGCUGUUUAUUUCAUCAAAUUUUUUGAAAAAGAGAAAAGAAAAGAAAAAUUUGAUGAUCUCUCAUAAUCAGUAAUAGUGCUGUUACAGGUGUUAUAUGGAGAAGGUGUUUAAUGUUGAUCGCUAGUGACAGGCAUUUUUUUGUGAAAAGUUCAGGUGCCAGGAGUGAACUGUCAUUCACACAAGUUGUUAAUAUAUAUCUCCAUCACAUAAUUAAUAAGAUCCCCCAAGUUGGCUGAUUAUCUGGGUUUUGCUCCCAACUACAGCAACUAUUUUUAAAGUUUGUGUCAUUACUUUUGGAAACACUUUCCUUGUAUAACUAAGUCUUGAACAUGUGAGGGCAAUCUAGUAAAUAAAGGGCAUAUCACAAUGUUAU